GUUCCUCCAGCUGCUGCUCUAAACUCUGCAGGUUUUCACUCCUCCGUCCGUCAUCCUGCACUCCAGCUUCCUCUCUAAACUCUGAAGCUUUUCUACUUUCUACACCAGAGAAGAUGACUUUCUCAGGAAGGAACGGUGUUUUCCUGCUGGUUGUUCUGGCUGCAGUCUGCGUCCAGCUCCACCACGCGCAGCACUUCAUCGGACGCUGCUUGUGUCCCCAGCCGGCCAAAGUGGCCCAAGGAAACAUGUCGGACUUCCAGGUCGUGGAGAAACGGCCCGGAUGUGACAGAACCGAGCUGAUAAUCACCUUGAGCGGCCCGGGAAACUCCAGCGAGAAGAAAUGCAUCGACACUCGCACGAGGAUGGCCCAAGCUUUUCUGAAGUGCUGGGAACGGAUAAACAGAGACGACGGCCGGAAGAUCGAGUGUCUGAACAGGAAGAGGAGAGCAGACGACCGGGACCAGAACCGGACCAGAACCGAGCCUCCGACCCGGACCAGAACCGAGCCUCCGACCCGGACCAGAACCGAGCCUCCGACCCGGACCAGAACCGAGCCUCCGACCCGGACCGAGUCUCCGACCCGGACCAGAACCGAGCCUCCGACCAGAACCGAGUCUCCGACCCGGACCAGAACCGAGCCUCCGACCAGAACCGAGCCUCCGACCCGGCCUCUGAGGAGUGAAUGAGCCGGGUUCCUGGGGGAUCGGCCUCCGACCCAGACCCGGACCGGGACCCGGACCCGGACCCGGCAGGACUCGGUCCAGGUCCGUCCUGAGUGGCGUCAGGGACGUGAGCAGCAGAACCUUUAAAUCCUUCUCUGGCUUCAUAAUAUUUAUGCUGAUUUUAUUUAUUUAAAUCAUUUUUAUAUCUUUUACUAUUUUUCUACAAACAUUGAAGAAAAUAAAUUGAGUUUUGAUACAA